CUCGACUCUGCAUUUGCUUGUUUUGCUUGCUAUUGAUACUUCAGCUUUUGUCUUGUUUUUCUUCGCGCGAUUGAGUUCGAAGACAGCUACUUUAGAAAUGCCAAGUGUUCCAGAAGCAAGUGUCGAAAAGAAUGGAAAACUGUCGCGGUGAGGCGCCCAGCGGCCACCCGGAGCCCGCUCGAUGGCGAGCCGCUCAUGCUGGUUUGCAGCUGUUUUUCCGUUUGCCUGUUCAUCUGUGCAAGGUUUUUUCCACUCACCAACUUCGCUUUAUUAGAUUUUCUUCUCUGCAAGUCCCGCCAUUUCUGCGCGCGAUCCCGUCCAGCCGUGUUUUCCGUUGUCCCGCCCCCCCCCCUCUGAACGCGUAGGCGAGGUUCGUCUCUUUCUCCUCCGGCUUGUUGUUCGACGGCUCUUCCUCUUCAACAGGAAGGCCGCAACGCUGACGGCCGCUUCCCUCUCCAACCAGGUGUGACCGAGUCGCCGAUUCCUGAAGUCGCUCACCCUUGCCCCCUGCGAGCGGAUAAACGGUGGGUCGAAGCCUCGCGUUCGAGAAAAAUCGGCACUUUUCGAAUCCCAGACGAUCCACCCAACGCAGGCGGCUUGACACGAGUGAAAGCCGAGGAGUUUGCGACCCCACACCGCGGUGGACAACGCGUGCAGGUCUCUCGGAGAUCAACCGUCGAAGGAGGCGUCGCGUUUCCUAGCAAACUCUGCAGUGUCUCUGAAGGAGACGGAAAGCCGGCGUCGCCUCUUUCGCUGCAGACACCGCGAUGGCCAGCGACGCCUUCGGCUCGCCGACGCGCGACUCUCCGUCAGCUUCGCCUGCGGUUCGCCCCCCCACCUGGUCCCAGGAGUCCGUCGUCGAGGUCUCCGCUUCCGCUGCGUCUUCGGAUCUCCAAAAUGCCAGCAGUGAGAAGAUGCGACGAGAGUCUGCGCGAACCGCGCUUGUCGUCAACUCCGAAGAAAAAGGGUAUGCAGCCUUCGCAGCCGAUCAACGCGCCUCCGGUCCUCCCCGACUUCCCUGCCUCGCGUCUUCUUCGCUUCACACCAUAGCGCCCAACAGUUCACACGACGAGGCUGAAGAGCUGUGCCUAAACGAAGCGGUUGAAAGGCUGUGUCGGACAAAAGCGGUUGAAGAGCUCUGUUUCGAAGAAGAGAGUGGAAAGCUCAGUCGGGAAGAAGAAAUCGCUUUCCACCAUCGAGAGGAGGGGAGUGAGGAACUGGGGUUCCAAAAGGAUCAUGCAGAUGACAGAGAAGAAGACGCAGUGAAUCUCCCGACUCAGCUUGUUCCAUUCCACACUCCAAGGUUCACGAGCAGGCGCUUCAGAGGCGCAGAAGCCGACUCCCCAGACACCUGGCUCGGGCGUACGGACAGCAGCCGCGAAGACGCGCUGAACGCAGCGAGGGUGAAUCACGCAGCUGAGCUGCAUGCUCGCUCGCCGGCUUGGACGCCGCGAGACGCGCCAGAGACGCCAGUGGAACGAACGCAUGAAUCUCCGGUUUCGAAAGCGAGCAGCGAGCAGCUGUCGCCCCCUCAAAGGACGGAAGGGAUCGAUCUCGCGGGAGAGCGAGAAGGCAACUCGACGGCAAUCAGCGUCGAAUGCAGAAGCUCGAGAGAGCGAAACAACGCAGAAGGAAUCUCAACAGAAAGGUGCUCAAGAGAAAAAAGCGUAGGAGGAAGGCAGUGGAGGAAGCGUGGAAAUUCCAUGACGACUGCAAGGUACGUCGGAACCAGCAAGUCAGAUCCUGGUAGGAGUCAUAGUCCUCGGACUGUCCCUCAAGAAAGAACCUCAGAGGCCUCGGCAAGCGUCACAGAGUCUUCUCCAGCCUUCUCUCGUGGUAACCCAGAGGGGGGAAGGCGAAUCGCAGAUCAGUCGCGAACAGAGGAAGGAAACGCGGAAGGCGACGUAGCGCGCAGUCGUUCAGAAGCUCUGAGUCUCAACAACAGACAAGAGGCAGACACAGAAGAAAGGACAAAUUCUCUCUCUGUUCACGUUCACGAAGAAGAUCGACGUUGCAGCCUCUCUCCUGGCUCCUCUAGAGAGGACGCCAGGGCGCGGGUGCAGAGCAAGGCUCUUUCCGACAGCCAGACAGCGAGCAAGCAGACGAUCAUGCAGACGUCUCGUCCUCUCUGCGCCUCCUCGGAGACAGAGGCUGCAGGCAGCCUUGCCAAGGCUGGCGAUCCCUGGGUGAAGAGGAGAGACGGCGGCUGCCGACGGAUAAUGGGGGACGGACACAAGCGAGAACGGAGAGCAAAGGAGGACGAGGAGACAGACGCGCGAAAACGAGACACGAGAGAGAGGAAAGAAGAAACAGAAGGAAGGAGAAGUGACGUCUCUCGUGAGAGGCAGGUCAGUGGAGAGCGAGGAGAGCGCGUCGACAAGGCAGCAGAGGCAACAGGCGCUGAAGCUGAGACCAGAAGAGAGCGAAAGCGCCGACGGCUUGACCCUCGAAGAAACCACGACCAUGCUUCGCAUGCGUCUGAGUCGUCGGAAGAAGACGGUUCGUUCCACUCCGCCGACGCGUCUUUUCGUUCAGGUGUAGAGACACUGCUGUCUCUGCUGUCUAGACAGCGAAAGCAAAUUCGCGCUCUGACUCAGCAGGUGAACGCGAUGACACGCGUGCAGCAGCUUCAAGAAGGCGAACUCGCGACUCUCCGCAAACGCAACGAGGUCGUUCUUUCGCUUCUUUCCAACGGUCCGUUCUCCAUGCAUGCGCCGAAGAGAAAGCGAACUCCUUUGCUCGCAUGUCGCAGAAGCGGCUCCGGGUCUGGCAAAUGGUAUUGCUCUGAAGGUUACGCAGAUUCGCCGCUACCGACAGAAAAAGAGUCUUGUCUUAUGGCUUGCUUCCAGCCUCACACUUUGUCUCUCCAUUCGCCGUCUCUCGCCUCCGACUCUCGCGCGCGGGCAUCUGUAGGUGCCUCUGUCUCUGCCGCUCUGCAUGCGUCGUGGGAUUCUUCCGAGGUCCGGGCUCCUCCAUCUCACUGUGAAGCUUCUUCCAUUUCUCCAGCUCGUUUCCAGUCCACUCCUGUCGCUUCCUCGACUCUCGCUCCUGCUCUCAGUUCGUCUCCUUCCUUCUCUCUCCACUCAUCGCAGCCUUCUUCCUCCUCGUCCUCUUCCUCUCUUCAGUCUUCGUCCGCCACAUCGUUUUCUUCCUGUCUCCAGUCUACCUCGUCUUCUUUCUCGCCUUCCGCUUCUUCCUGUCUCGACCCCUCAGAUUCGCCUGAGGCUCUGCAUGCGACCGCCUGCCGCGACUCCAUGUGCAGAAAAUCUGUCAAUCCCUUCCAAGGCUGUCUUGGAGAGUCUGGAGCCUUCGGUGGGGACGAGGGAGAAGGGGCGCAACGCAUGCGCGAACCAUCUGGUCAGGUGAGCCCGUUGCAGACGAAGGAGGCAGAUGCGUCGGCAGCUACUCGUGAGGAGAACAAGGAGAACGAAGCAGUUUGCGAAGGCGAGUCGGACAGACGGAGAUGCGUUUUCAAACCGAGUUUGUUGCAUGCCUCCGGGGCGCAGCAGCGUCGACCAGACACGGCAAAGCGAAGAGAGACGGAAACGCCGCAUGCAGUCCACCUUCCUGCCCCUCCAGGCAGAACGUCUCGGCCUGCCGACGGCGCAUGUACCGUGUCUCUGUCUCCUCGUCUCUCGUCUCCUUCCCCUUGCAGUCAUGUUUCUUCUUUCUUCUCUCGUGGAGAGCAGCUGCGCAACGCAUCCCCAGUGCCGAGAGAGAGAAGCGACGGAGUGCAUCCGCGUUCGCCGGCAGGACAGGAACCUCGGCUCCCUCGGCGAACGUCGCAGGACCUCUGCGAGAGAAGGCGGUCUGUCACUCGUGAGUGCAAAGCGCCCAGUGCAGGUGGCGAGCACGGCGAAGCAGAGCGAGAAAGUAGGGGAAGUAAGAGAGACAGAGAUCUUCGCGGUUGCGAGCGAACAGGUGGAAUUCGCGAAAACUGCCGGUGGGCAGGAGAGUCUUGCUCAGCGGACGGGAACGCUAUUUGCGAAGAGAAACGAAGAAAAAGAGAAGAAGGACGUGACGCUGCCAGAGACAGGAACCGAGAAGGCCAAGAGCGAGGAGAAGACAGAGGAAUGGGGAAGGUGAGCGGUAUGGAGGAGAGAACCAAGAAGCGCGCAUGCAAAUCUGGGGCUCCGUGUUGCAGGAGAAGCGAGUCGGACGAGGCUGGAAAAGAGAACUCGUUAUGUCGACACCGGGGGCGAACUGGAGAAGUGAGAGAAGUCGAGUGUCUCUCUUUUGUCGAAAAACUAAGCGAACCGCGAGGGGGACAAUCGGCCGCAGCAGCCUUCCUCAGCUCCCUGGAGAAAGCGACAGAAUGGGGUGGAGCGCGCGAGUCGGAAAACGAAAACGCCCGGAUUCGUCCAGUGGCUCAGGAGGUGCAUGCCGACGAGCCGAAAGACGCGGCGAAGCCGCAGGUGACCAGACACCUCGAGGAAGAGAAUCGGCAGUUCAGAGUCUCGUCCAGAAUCCGGCCGCAGCACCGUCUUGGAAGAGAAGCGGAGCGAGACAGAGAAGAGUUCGUGGAAGAAGAAGAGUUGGAGAAAGAAGAAAGAGUCGAAGACGGGCAGAUGAAGUCCACUCUUCCUGCGCCUCACCAGAGAGGCGAGAGCGUCACAGGCGCUGAGGCACCUGGUGUACGUCCGGUCGCGGAACAGGAAAGAAAGAGAACAGCCGAAAUAGAGGGUUUGGGCGGAGACAUCCGUUUCUGGUCAGUGCGGGCUGCUCCCAAGAGGACGGCAAAAGAUGAGACUUUUUUCCGCGUUUCGAGGUCGCGGUUUGACGUCGCUUCUUCCGACAAGACGUCGCCGGAUGGAGAGCUCCGAAACAGCAAAGGUCUCAGAGGCAACCGAAAAGACCGAGAAGGCAGAGGAAGUCUCGGAUCGAAGGGGAAGAGUGGAGACGGAAGGUGCGAACCGCGCGAGUUGUCUGCAGCGACAGCGCCUCGGCGGGGAUGUUCACGCAAAGGCGCAGUCCGAAGCUCGGCUCUCCUCGCCCUGAGGGAGAGACAGCGCAGGUGGGAGAGUCUCCCCAGAGUUCGCUUGCUGGCGCCUGAACGCAGAGUUCGACUCCAAAUGCCUGGGGCAGACUGCUCACAGUGUGCCCGCUUCUACUCCAUGCUGCAAGAAGACCUUGCUGCAGAAGUUAGCGGCCGAACGAAGGCCAGAGGGGGAGAGAAUAAGGAAGAAGACAAAGAAGAAAAGGAAAGAGACAGAGGAGGGAAUGGGCAAGAAGAAGGAGAAGGGCAGUGCCCAGAUUUCUUGGGGAGAACGCGGGAAGAUGAGAGGGGGGAAGGCGACAGCGGAAAGGCGAGUGGGAGAGCAGGAAGCGGCAGAGAGCUCGGGAGACUGUGUCUCGUUCAGGAGAGAAGACAUGGAAAUGUUCCGGUCAUGUCUGAGUGUCGUGGUUUCUCCGAGUCUCGUGUGGACUCCGCGAAAGAUCUCGGAGCUUCGCAAGGAGAGCCGGAGGAGUCUCUCUCUGCCGACGUAUCUCUUCUUUCCGUGAGAGGAAGCGAGAGAGAGACAAGUAGAGAGACAGGUAGGUGGAGUGAGGCUGCUUCCUCAGCUGGCGACCGGAAACGCGUCUCUGGCCAGGACGCGAGUCGAAGUUCUGUUCCAGUGACUUCUGACUCGAGUUCUUCUUCAACUUCUCGUGCACGUUUCUGGCUGUCCGGCCCUCGCUCGCAUGCUUCGGCUGUCGGCAGAGGCGAGGCGACAGCCGAAGGAGAAGCAGGAGGCGGCAAGGAGACAACCCAGGAGACAAGCGAAUGCAGGUGGCGUGGGGACCUUCCCGAAAGCUCGCUGUCGCCUGUGCCUGCUCUGCCCAGAGAGAAGAGGCGCCCAAGAGAACUCGGGAGGAAAGGAGAGAGAAAGAAAGCGCAAGAUGAGAGGCGAAAUCGGGAGGGGAGGCCGACGGCGGCAGACAGUGACGGGAGGGACGAGACGCGCCAAGACAGAAAGAGAGAGCAAGCGAAACAAAAAGGAGAGAACAGUGAAGGACGACGAUGGCAAGUGUGUUCGUCCCUUAACCGAGAGCUGCUUGGCGCAUCAAGGCACAGAUACUUUGCUCCGCCGCCCAGCACUCCGAAGGGAUUCUGGGACUUCACCACUUUCUCUUCCCCCGUUCGGUCGAGAGAGACGAACGGCGAUUUGACCGAGCGAGAAGAGAGAGCUUAGGAGAAGAGAGGGAAGAGCGAGACUAGAAACAGAGGGAGGUGAUGGACGCAUACAUCUUCCGAAAAGUCUGGAAGGCAGCUACCGUGAACUGAAGGUUCUUCGCCUCGUGGUGGGGGCGGCAGAAGCGUAAACGCUUCUUCGCCUCUCGCUCUGCGUUUUCGUGACCCACGAGUUCAGCUCCGCUUUUUAAAAAUCCCUAGACAAGGUUUCCUUCAACCAACUCUCGAGUUCCCUUAAAGCAGAUCCAUUCACGGAAUUUUACGGUAGGCAAUUAGCAUGUGUCGUCAACUGUGAGAAGGCAGCUUAAGCCAUUUCUGUUUCUUCGAUUUCCAAUGGACAGGGCUGGAUCGCAAUUACACAUUUUCGCCGCGAGACUUCCUCGCCGAGGCCUCGCAUGCGUUUAGUCUUAAGAUUGAGCAGUCUGUCAAGUUCUUGUGCUUCCUCCACCUUCGACUGUUUACCACUCCACUGGAGUCUGUCGUUCGCGUCAUCAGCGAGAGAAAGCAGCCUCUGUGAGACGUCCUCCCAUUGAGGACAGCACUGCUCUUUCGAGUUUUACGGGAGAACAGAGGUCUCCGAAGUCUCAGGAGGAAGAAUGAGUCUUUCACAACGUGGCUCUUUCUAAAUUGCACGUCGCUUUGAAUUAAAGGGUGAAAUUUGUGCUAAAAAAACCACCAUGGUGCAGGAGUAGCUCGGUUCGCCAUGAGCAACCGAAAACAUCAGACCCACUUUCCCUGGUCACUCUCUCUCGCGUGUCUCCGACCGGCCGUCGGUCGAGAAGAGAAUACACUCUCGAAAACAGGGUCGCGUCCAAAAACUUCUCCCCGCUGUGGAUCCGCGGUGGUGAAGAGCUCAAAGAGACAACAGAGAAGAAAAGAAGAACGAGGGAACAGAGUUUAGGUGUAUCACCGUUCACGACUGUCGGACUAGACUCCUGUUAGUUCACUGAAGGCCUCUUGUCAGCAGUAGAUUUGCGUCCAGUUUCAACAAAAGAAAGGGUAUUUUCCACAUGCAGUUCGUGUCUAGUCUUCAGAGGAGAGUUCUCCACGCGCUGUUGAGAACCGCGGUGCUCGACUGGACGGCUCUGCCCUCCACGUUUGCCGUGCUCGUCUACCACGCAGAGUGACAAGAAGAAAUCUCAGCCGCAGAGUGAAAUAAAGAAAUCUGAUCCAAGAGUGAGGAAAAGAAAGUUCGACCAAAGAGUGAGAUGAAUUAGUGGAACGCAGACAGAAGAUAGAGCGUUGAGUGCAAACAGCCCAUCGCAUGCCGCCCAAACUAACAAAGGCUGUCUCUGAAGACGCCGACACACGAGCCA